AUGCACCAAACAGCGACUAGACAAUCACGUAUACCCGAACAACAAGGCAUUGGUCAAACACUACCUCCUGUUCCUGUUGGCAUCGACAUUUCAAAUGCUCCCCCUUUACCUCCAGGUGCUAUGCCUACUGGUACUAAAAUUCAAGUGGGAAAGUACACAGUUAUAAUUCAUAACUUUAUUGCAGAAGGUGGUUUCGCACAUGUUUAUCUUGCUAGAAUCGAAGGAAAAACGGGCUACGUCGUUUUGAAACGAGUGGUUGUUCCUGAUCAAGAACGGCUUAAAAUCGUUGAAAAAGAGAUUGAGUUUAUGCGACGACUAGGAGAUCACAAAAAUAUUGUGAGAUAUUACGAAUCAAGGAUAGACGUCUUACCAGCAGGUGGUUAUGAGGCUUUCAUCUUGAUGGAGUAUUGCCCUGGUGGAGGAGUGAUCGAUUUGAUGAAUCGAAGAUUACAACAACGUUUGACUGAACCAGAGAUACUGAAAAUAUUCAGUGAUGUCACUGAGGCACUGGCUUAUAUGCAUUACUGUAAUCCACCUGUUUUACAUCGUGAUUUGAAAGUGGAAAAUAUCCUUAUCCUUAAUCAAGAUCAUUACAAGCUAUGUGACUUUGGUUCAGCUGCAUUAUCAAAAGGGCAAUACGUACCAAACACAAUUAAAGAUAUUCAGCGACUUGAAGAUGACAUACAGCGUCAUACUACCCUUCAAUAUCGUGCACCUGAAAUGAUUGACGUCUAUCAAAAGAAACCUGUGAAUGAAAAAGCAGAUAUUUGGGCAAUGGGCGUCUUAUUAUACAAGCUUUGCUAUUACACAACACCAUUUGAAGAGGAAGGACAGCUGGCAAUCUUAAAUGCAAAGUAUACCAUACCAAACUUACCUGUGUUCUCCGAAGGAUUGCGUCGAUUGAUCAUGUCCAUGCUUCAGGAAGAUCAAAAUAGGAGGCCAAAUAUCUAUCAGGUCAUGAAGACCGUCUGUCAAUUGAGAGGAGUAGAGUGUCCUAUUCGAGAUGUAAGUUGA